AUUCUUAUAUACAUACCACAUCACCCAAACGAGAGAGAGAGAGAAAAAGGGACUAGCUAGGGUUUGGCUGAGAUCAAAAGCUGUUGUGUAAGGAUGAUGGAGAUGCCAUGGGAAAAUUUUGGAAAGGUUCUGGCCGAAGUGGUGGAACUGAUGUAUUAUGAUUCCGAUUAUGAAUCAGAAUCUGAGUUAGAUUCUCCAAAAUUGAAACGUCAGAAGAGGGCCCUCUAUACACCGGAAGAGGAGUUUGAGGUAAUCCGGGACCAAGUGUUGAAGAGCGAGGGGUUCGACGUUGAUUUCUCGAAUAUCCGCUGCGAGUUCAACUUUUCACCCGUGGAUCUUCUUCACGGUAACAAGUUGACUAAACCACCACAAAAAGAUGGUUACCUCAUCAACAUGUUCUGCAACAUGGCUGUCGAGGAGUUUAACAAAUUUUAUGGUAAGAAGGUUGAGUUUGUGGAGGCUCAUAAGGCCGUUUGUCACUUUCAAGCCGGGCGCAAGUUUUACAUCACAUUCCAAGGCCGUGAAGAUAAUCAGCUGCAGCUGUACCAGGCAAUGAUCCAGUAUCAUUCCAUCAAAUUAACUCAAGUUGUCUUCUGCAGGCCUAAACCACCCAAGGCUAUGUAGGCGCCCUAUAUGCAACCCGGAGUCAUCUCUACACUGGUGGCUGCUGCUGGUGUUUUAUGAACUCCAUGAUUAUUAUUUUUAUUUACCUCUUGUUGAGCUUUUUUUUAUUCUUUUCUCAAAGUUUACAAAACUCAUAUUGACUUUAUCAAAUGCUAAUUAGACACC